AUGGCCUGCCUCCCCCAAGAUGGGGGCCUAGACAGGCAAUACAAAAUGCUGUUCACCAUCGGCCAGGGUGGAUUUGGUUAUGUACAACUGGCCUUCCAUCGCCUCACAGGCAUGCCCGUCGCAAUUAAAGUUGUAGAAAAUCUGAAGAAACACCUGCACCUCGUUCUAUCAGAGAUAGCAGUACUGGAAACCGUGCAACACCCACACAUCAUUCGCCUCUUCCAGGUUUUAACGACCACAAAAUACUGCUAUAUAAUUACUGAGUAUGCAUCGGAAGGCAAUCUGUACGAACUGGUGAAGGAAGAAGGCAGGCUGCAGGAGGAACAGGCACAGGUGAUAUUUGGGCAGCUCGUGUCAGCCAUAAGGUGCUGCCACGACCAUGACAUUGUCCACCGAGACCUGAAGCCCCCAAACAUCCUGCUAGAUGCACAUGGCAAUGUGAAGCUGGGAGACUUUGGCCUUGCUACCAGGUGCAGAGCUGGCACCAAGCUGCAUGGGCGCUGUGGGACCAAAAGCUACAACGCCCCAGAAAUGGUUCUGAGGGAAGGCUACGACGGGAAGAAGGCAGACGUGUGGAGUGUGGGUGUGUUGCUGUACUUUAUGACAACUGGGCACCACCCCUUCAAAGGAAGCACCCUGGAAGAGACCAAGAAAAACAUCGCUAUUGGCAUGUAUGACAUCCCAGCUCACAUCUCUGGGCAAUUGGAAAAUCUCAUUCAUCAAAUCUUAACAGUUAUCCCAGAGAGGAGACCCUCCAUUGAAGAUAUUCAGCACCAUCCAUGGGUCAAGAACCCUGAAGAAAACAUCUCUAGUGACCCCUACCCAAAUCCUAAAAUUGUUGACAAGCUGUUUGGCCAUGGGUUUGCUGCCAAUGAGAUCUUUGACUCACUGCAGAAGCGGAAAUACGAUGAGAUAAUGGGGACAUACCUGUUACUACAAGAGCAGGAACACCAGGGGCUUGACUCCACCUCCUCAGUCACUACGGUAGACCAUUGCCCUGCACCUCCACCAUCUCCAAUCCCUCCUUUAACAUCGGGCCGUUACCUAAAAAGAAGAGCCAGUGAGCCCACCUUUGGCCUUCUCCACACCCGGCCUUCACAACAGGACAAGCCUGAUGUCCUGACACUAUCAGGGCAGAAGAUAAACCAGAGUGUCUCCAUGCCUCUAUGGUGUCCCCAGAAGAUAAACCAGAGUGUCUCCACGCCUCUGUGGUGUCCCCAGAAGAAGAGCCCCACUUCGAGCCAUGCCCCACCGACCAAGGCUGCAUCUGCCCCAUGUGUCUACCACAGCAGGGUAGAAGAAGAAAUGCCCCUGCUACCUGGACCUGACUCUAACAUGGAAAAAUCAUGCCUCCCUCAGAAUAUCGGGUGCCUCUGUGGACUGUGCAGGAGAAUCAGAGUUUGCCUGUCAAGACUGUGUUGCUUCCCGAGGGCUUCAAAUCCACAAACCGGGCGUGUGUUCAACAACAAAGUGGCUCCUCUGAAAGAGUCACCCAGUGAGGAAUAG